AUGCCUCUCCGCGCCGAACGGCCCAUUGUGCGCGUCGAGCCCAGCUCCAUGCGCACCAUCGAAACCAGCAGCACAGAGAACCUCUUUGGCCUCUGGUCUGUCUUUGCGCGAUGCUCUCCAGCCAUGGAAGACGGCAAGCGCUACGAGAACAUGGCAUGGCGUCUUUGGUCUCGCGAGACGUUUUGCUGCCAGCCUGAUUCGCUCACGUCGUCCCGGUGGUCACUAGGACGUCGGCUGUCAAGCAGCGCCCCGGACGUACCCGAACUCUCCACCAGCGUCGCUUCCGACGAGUCCAACCUGGACAGCGCAAUCACCUCCACCUCCCGCUCAGACCUCUCUGCCUCUCGCCCCGACCUUCGCCGCCACGACUCGGCUACCAGCCAUGCCCGUGGCAAGCACAUGACUCCCAUUGGCCUCGAAAAGGUCGUCAACUCAAUACAGGAGAAGAAAUUCAUCGAGCCCCUCUCGCCUCUCCCAGCCGAGCUCGCCGCCCCGAUACCCGAGCUCAAGCCAGCCGAGGAAGACACGACGCCUCGCAGCGCCACUCCCCCCUCGCAUGCCCGCCCCAUUCCCGAGGCCUCGACAUCGACCGUCGCCACCAGUGUCGGCUGCGACAUCAUGAGCCCGGCAGUCGGCUCAGAGGCCAGCACCUCGACCGACGUGAGCGAGCACAGCGUCGUCCGCGGCUUUGAGCCUGGCCACAUCUCCACCUCGAUUCGAUCGAGCACUAACCUCAACCCCACUCCCAUCCUCAAGAAGACCUCGAGCUUCAUCACCAAGCCGCUGCCCACAAAGGCCGACAGCACCAAGAAGAGGCAGCCCAUGUUCACACUCGGCGGAUCGUCCGAGGAGGAGAACUGCAGCUCCUUCGAGGCCUACUCCAUGGCCCAGCGCAGCUCCCUCACCGAGCACCUGCGCAAGGCUGCUGCCCCCAUGCGCAAGACGACUUCGUUCAAGACCGAAGUCAGCACCCGCACCUUCCAAGACGCCACCUCUGAAAGCGAGGCGGCCAUUGAGAGCGACAGCGAGGAUGACAUUGACGAGAGCGCCAUCGAGGAGGAGGACUCUGAUGACGACGACUGGGAGGACGACGACAACGAAGAGAGCGGUCCUCCCAGCGUUGCUGACCGUACUCCUCUGUUCCAGCGGGUCGACUCCAAGCCUGACCUCACCUCGCGUCGAUCGCUCCUCACCACCGCUCUUCAUCAGGAUGACCGCGCAUUGGCGCUCCAGAACGCCGCAUCCCGAUCAACCCCUGCCAUCCGUCGAUCCCGCACAUCGACACCAAACGGCCCCUCUACCGGCAACUCACCCCACGAGGACAGUGGUCUGAUGAUGAUGCGAUCCCAGGCCUCUCGCCCUAAGCCCAUCAUCAUGACCACUUCCAACGUUCACCCACCGGCCAUGUCUCCCAAGACGACGAGGCGCAACAUGCUGACCUCGGAGUUGACUGGAAGCUUGAGGCAGAACCUGCUGUGGGAAAGGCAACAGAAGAAUGCCACCACCAACGCAGUCGCAAAGCGCCAACAGAGCGCCGCGAACCUACCUGGCCUGCGCCGAGCAAUGACGACGGGCGACGUCAAGGGCCUCAACAACAACGAACAACAAUCACAAGCCAAAUCAUCGGCCUUCAAGGAUGACAGCAAGCCCAGCAGCGCGUACAACCAGUUCUUCGACUCUGGGCUUGGCGAUUACCACAAGUCUGGAUGGUAA